UGCCUCCGCCCGUCGCUUUGCUCCGCUGCGCCUUGGCGCUUCUCCUCCUGGCUUUGGGGGUCCCUUCUCCCUCCACGAAGGAGGAAGGGGGACCCCCGGCCAGGGAGGAGGAAGAGGAAGAGCUGCCCACCGUGGUGGUCGCCAUCCUAGCCCGCAAUGCCCAGCACUCUCUCCCCCACUACCUGGGGGCCCUGGAACGGCUGGAUUACCCCGCGGAGCGCAUCUUCAUUUGGUGCACCACCGAUCACAACGUAGACAAUACCACGCAAAUGCUGCAGGAAUGGCUCGGCGCGGUUGAAAACCGUUACCGGUCCAUCGUGUGGAAAUCUGUGGAAGAGCCCAGAUCUUACCCCAACGAACUGGGACCCAAACAUUGGACGGAGGCGCGUUUCGAACAGAUGAUGAGAUUGAAGCAGGAAGCCCUGGCUUUCGCUCGAUCGCAGAAAGCGGAUUACAUUUUGUUUGCCGACACUGACAGCAUCCUGACCAACAAUCAAACCCUGAAGUUCCUCAUUGCACAAAACAAAUCGGUUGUCGCCCCCAUGAUGGAUUCCCAGACAUAUUAUUCUAAUUUCUGGUGUGGGAUCACCCCGCAGGGUUAUUACCGACGGACAGUGGACUAUUUCCCUACCAAGAACCGCCAGCGUCUCGGGUGUUUUGCUCUGCCCAUGGUCUUCGCCACGUUUUUGAUUGAUUUGCGCAAGAACAACACAGCCAGCCUGGCCUUCUACCCGCCUCACCCCACCUACGCGUGGCCCUUCGACGAUAUCAAUGUCUUUGCCUACUCUUGCCAAGUUAUCAUCUGGAUGCUGACGGAGAAAUGCAAAGAGCUGGAAGUCCAGCUGGAGGAGCACCUGAAAAUGCAGAGCCUCCUGGCCAAGGCGCAGAAGUCCAACGGGAGCCUCUUCCAGCAGAACUUGCUCCUCCGAGAAGAGCUGAGCGUGCUGAAAGAAGAACUGAGCCAAAAGCUAGCCAAGGAGCACGAUCAGCUGAAGUUGCUGCAGAACGAACAGCAGCGCAGGCUCAAUGCCGAGAGGCUGCUCAAGUACACCGCUCAGGGCCUCAAGGAAGUGCUGACGGAACGGCCGCUGGCAGAGGAGGAAGACGGCGAAUUUGACGUGGUGUUCCAGCUGCGGCGUAAAAACGCCUUGCACAGCAUCCUCCGUUUUGUGCAGAGGAGCAUCGCCCACCUGGACUCUCAACAAGGCCUCCACCCCAUCGCAGUCGAGAGCAAGGUGGUCAAAGUCACCAACCUGUCCAGAAGCUUCUCCAGCGAAUGGCACACGAAGGCCUCGCGCACCACGUCCCACUGCAACAUCUUCAAGCUGCCCAAGCCGGUGCACAGCCUGCCCUCCCUGGACUCCCUCUCGUCUUCCCAGCAGCUGGUCACCCUCCGCCCGUAUGGCAGCGCCAAGGAGUCUAUAUUGUCCUGGAGAACCGAGAGUAACCACAAGGGCGGCCCACACGCCAAGAGUGCGACCCAGGCGCCAGAGGAGAGCGCGCAGACGUCGGAGGAGGUAGUGAUCCGUGAAGACCUGCCCGAAAUAGUGACUCACCUGGCCAGGCAGGAGCUGCUGAGCAAGUAGGGCGGAAGAAGGGAGUUGAGGGG